GGAGGCGGGCACCGUUCCCCGCCCGCCCCGCAUCCCGCCCGCCCCGCAGCCGCCGGCCCCCGAUGGAUUAUCUGCGGCUGGUGCUCUCCUGCCUCGUCCCCCUGCACGGCUGCUUGGCCGCCGCCGGUGCCCCAGAGCUCCUGCUGUCCGGCAAGCUGAGCGAGUAUGGCGUGAUCGUGCCCUUCAGCGCCGAUUGCCGGGGCCGCUUCCUCUCGCACGUGGUGUCCGGCGGCGUGGCGAGGGCGGCCGAAGCCACCUGUCCCCCGCCCCCGUCCCGCCGCCGUGUCCCCCGCGACGCCCUGCAUGGGUCCCCGCGGCACGGUGGGGCCGCCGGCCGCUCGCUCUACUUCAACGUCACCGUCUUCGGCAAGGAGCUGCACCUCCGCCUGCGACCCAACCUGCGCCUCGUGCCACCGGGCGCCGUGGCCGAGUGGCAGGAGGAUUUCGGGGUGCUCUUCCGAGAGCCCCUCCGGCACCGCUGCCUCUUCACCGGGGACGUCACUGGCAUGCCCGGCGCUGCCGUGGCCAUCAGCAACUGCGACGGGCUGGCUGGCCUGAUUCGGACAGACAGCACCGAGUUCUUCAUUGAGCCACUGGAGCGGGGGCAGCAGGAGACGGAGGCGCGCGGGAGGGCCCACGUGGUGUACCGCCGCUCGGCCAUUCGGCAGGACCUCCGUGCCGAAGUGCCUGGUGUGCGGGUGGGCGAGCUCCCCAACUCCCUGGAGCUGCUGGAGGAGCGGCUGGGCGAGGCGGAGCGCAAGAGGCGUCACGCCAGGAAGGACGACUACAACAUCGAGGUCCUGCUGGCGGUGGACGACUCGGUGGUGCGCUUCCACGGGAAGGAGCAUGUCCAGAACUACGUCCUCACCCUCAUGAACAUAGUGGAUGAAAUUUAUCAUGAUGAGUCCCUGGGCGUUCACAUCAACAUUGUGCUGGUCAGAAUGAUCAUGGUGGGAUACCGCCAGUCGGUCAGCCUGAUAGAGCGAGGGAACCCAUCCCGCAGCUUGGAGCAGGUCUGCCGCUGGGCUCACUCACAGCAGCGCUCCGACCCGGAGCACGCCGAGUACCACGACCACGCCGUGUUCCUCACCAGGCAAGAUUUUGGUCCCGCAGGUAUGCAAGGCUACGCGCCGGUGACGGGGAUGUGCCACCCGCUCCGCAGCUGCACUCUGAACCAUGAGGACGGCUUCUCCUCAGCCUUUGUGGUUGCCCACGAGACUGGCCACGUGUUGGGCAUGGAGCACGAUGGCCAAGGCAACCGGUGCGCCGACGAGACCAGCAUGGGGAGCAUCAUGGCACCGCUGGUCCAGGCUGCCUUCCACCGCUACCACUGGUCCCGCUGCAGCAAGCAGGAGCUCAACCGCUACAUCCAUUCCUAUGACUGCCUUCUGGACGACCCUUUUGAGCACCAGUGGCCUGUGCUUCCCGAGCUGCCGGGCAUCAACUACUCCAUGGACGAGCAGUGCCGUUUCGAUUUCGGCGUGGGCUACAAAACCUGCACGGCAUUCCGCACCUUUGACCCAUGCAAGCAGCUGUGGUGCAGCCACCCAGACAACCCCUACUUCUGCAAGACCAAGAAGGGGCCCCCCUUGGAUGGCACCGAGUGUUCUUCGGGCAAGUGGUGCUUCAAGGGUCACUGCAUCUGGAAGACGUCAGAGCAGCCGUACAGCCAGGAUGGUGGCUGGAGUUCCUGGUCCAAGUUCGGCUCCUGCUCCAGGACCUGUGGCGGCGGUGUGCGCUCCCGCAGCCGGAGCUGCACUGACCCGCCUCCUGCUUAUGGUGGGCGCCACUGCCCAGGAGCCACCUAUGAGCACCAAGUGUGCAACAGCGAGGAGUGCCCGGGGCCCUACGAGGAUUUCCGUGCCCAGCAGUGCUCCAAGCGCAACUCCUACUACACCCACGACAACAGCAAGCAUGCGUGGCUGCCCUACGAGCAUCACGAUGAUGCCCAGAAGUGCGAGCUGAUCUGCCAGUCCGAGGGGACGGGGGACGUGGUGUUCAUGAACCAGGUUGUUCACGACGGUACCAGGUGCAGCUACCGGGACCCCUACAGCAUCUGUGUCCGGGGCGAGUGCGUGCACGUUGGCUGCGACAAGGAGGUCGGCUCCCUGAAGCAGGAGGACAAGUGUGGGGUCUGCGGUGGGGACAACUCCCACUGCCGGACGGUGAAGGGCACCUUGUCCAAGACCCCAAAGCAGCCAGUGGGUGUUCUGAAGAUGUUUGAGAUUCCUGCUGGGGCGAGGCAUGUGCAAAUAGAAGAGAUGGAGCCGGCAUCCCACAGCAUCGCUGUUAAGAAUCAAGCUACGGGUAACUUCAUCCUUAAUGCCAAGGGCAAAGAAGCCAAAAGCAAAAUGUUCAUUGAGAUGGGCUUGGAGUGGGAAUAUACCAUUGAACAUGGCAAGGAGAGCCUGAAAACCAGCGGCCCUCUGCACGAAGCCAUCAGCGUUUUGGUCAUCCCUCGGGAGGAGGAGGAGUCGAGGAGCAGCCUGAUGUACAGGUACAUCAUCCACGAGGACCUGCUGCCGAUGAUUGGGAACAACAACGUGCUGCUCGAGGAGAUGGACUCCUACGAGUGGGCCCUCAAGAGCUGGUCUCAGUGCUCGAAGGCAUGCGGAGGAGGCAUCCAGUACACCAAGUACGGCUGCCGGCGGAAGAGCGACAACCGCAUGGUGCACAGGAACCUGUGUGACAACGGCAAGAAGCCCAAGCCCAUACGACGACGGUGCAACCUGCAGGAGUGCUCCCAGCCUGCCUGGGUGGCUGAGGAGUGGGGUGCCUGCAGCAAGUCCUGCGGCAAGCUGGGGCUGCAGGCACGGGCCGUGCAGUGCGUGCAGCGCCUGCGGGACGGCACCAACCGCACCCUGCAUGCCAAGUACUGCAGCGGCGAGCGGCCGGAGACCCGGCGGCCCUGCAGCCGCCUGCCCUGCCCGGCGCAGUGGAGGACGGGCGCCUGGUCGCAGUGCUCGGCCAGCUGCGGGGAUGGCAUGCAGCAGCGGCAGGUGGUCUGCAAGGGCAGUGAGAGCGGCGGGCGCUGCCACGGGGACAAGCCGGAGGCCGUCCGGGGCUGCCACGUGUCCGUCUGUCCGGGGAAGCCCUCCAGCAUCACGGCCAGCGUCGACAGCAGUGACCACGUCACGCCCAGAGGGCAAUGGGUGCCCCAGGAGGGGCCCAAAAACCCCGUUAGCAAGAUCUCCCCCAGGGAGCCCUGCCUCGGGGACAAGUCCAUCUUCUGCCAGAUGGAGGUCCUGGCCCGCUACUGCUCCAUCCCUGGCUACAACAAGCUCUGCUGCGAGUCCUGCGGCAAGAAAGCCUCCGUCACCGCCUCGCCUCCUGGUACCCCCCACAGCUCCCCUGCAGGAACCCCCGGCCCCACUUCCCCACUGCCCCCUGGCUCCCCUGGGCCAGGGGCACCUGGGGUGGAUGCCACCGCUGGGACCCCAGCCCCAAGCGAGCCAUCGGUGGGGACACAGGGCAAGGGCAGGGGCCGGGCAGCCAGGUAACCCCUCCGGGACCCCCUGGCCACGUGGAGCCUUUCUCCUCCCUCCUCCUCCCUCUCAAUCUCCCCCUCUCUUUCCCCUCGCUUCCAGCAGUGGUUUUCACAGGCAGCUGGGUUUGGAGACAACCCGGCUUGCCCCAGAAUUCCCAGGAAAACCGCUGUUUUCUUGUGAUUUUUAUUCCCCCCCCUUCCCUGCUGUGGCACUUUUUUGGCGGUGCUGCAGGGAUAAAAAAGAAAAAGGUCAAAAGGAGUAAAAAGCAGCUUGGCUGCAGGACGGGCCUCUUACCUCUGCGGGUGGCUGGGAGCCACCAGCCACUGCCUUUCAAGGUGCUAAAUGGGGGGGCUUUAAUGUUGCCUUUUCCUCUCCCCACAAGCAGUAGCACAAAAUAGGAUGGGGAGGAGGACCCUGGCUCCCUGGCCAGCCCCUGCCUCCUUCAGGAACUGCCUCGCGUUGCCGGAGCGCUUGGCACGGUGCUUGUGGUGCCCCAGCUUUGGGGUAGGAGCUGGGGUCUCCCUCAAAAACCUCUUUUCUGAGACCUCUGCUACGAGGACCAACCGUAGCACAAGCAAUAAGGACAAGGCCAAAGACCAGAAACAGGGUUUACAAAAUGCCUGUCACCUGGCGGUGACUUUUUUAGCCAAUACUGCCCUUGGCCAGCUUUGUGCUAACACCAACUUCCAGCGUCCCCCUGACCACGACCCCAAUCUCUUCUCCCUUGUAUCCAGUGUCUGUAGGGCACCAAGACGUUAUGGGUUCCCGUGGGGAAAGCUAGGAAGCCCCGAUGCCAGGAGGAACACUGCUGCGCCCAUGGCAUCACGCUGGGCUCAGCUCUAAGGGGUUAGGGUUCCUCUGCGGGUGGGAGCUGCCCUCUUGCCCCCUCACCUUUUGUCUUACGGUGGGAGAAGGGGGGUGAGUAAUGCCAUUAAAAUAUUGUGCCAAGUACUAAAUAUAUGCACAGCACUUUAGAAGCACAGGGCCCCAUGCAGCUGGCAGGGGAGCUGGACCCCGAAGGGCCCUGGAGGCAGGAGGAAGGUGGGUGCCUGUGGGGGACGAGUGCUGGUAGGGAGGAGGCUCUGGGUGCUGAGGUGGGGACUGAGGGAGGCUCUGAAGGAGGGAGGCAGGGCGGGAGGAGAGGCCAGGCUGGCAGUGCAAGGUGUGCGUGGCUCAGCUGCAUCUGCUGGUGCUGGCGGUGUCGCCUUCCUGCCUGUACGAGGGGAAAGUCUCUAGAGCAGUAAGCUUGUCCUUCCGUUUUGGGGAUGCCCCAAAUCCACCUUUUCCUUGCCGUGAAGGGCUGGGAGCACAGGAGGUGUUGAGCAUCUUCCAUCUUGUGGCCAGAGGAGAGGUGGCAGACAGGGUUUUAUUUCGGUGCUCGGUUUCCAAGAAGGAAACCCAUCAAGUGCGUACGUGGCGGGGGCACGGAGAGCUGCAGAAGGCCGCCAGCUCUUCUGUGCUCUUCCUUCCCCCCCCCCUCCGGUUCACUUUCCAAAACGGGCUAUAAUCCAGCACGGUUGUGGUGCUGUGUGUGCCCACACCUGGUCUCCAGGGCUUGUUGGCGAGGUGGCCAGGGGUGCUAGGAGCCCAGUGGCUUUAGGAUGCGCUGCUUUUCGGACUGCUGCUCUACGGCGCCAUUGAUGCAUAGGCAGGGUGCUGCGUCCACAACAGUUGCGUGGUCAGAAGAUGUUUGAGGUCAGGGCAUCUCAGAGGAACUCAAAUGAUCCCAAAAGGGCCGAAGAGAUGUGAAGAGGCUCCUCCUGCCCCCCAUCGCCUCCGAGUCGAGGCUGGACGAGCAUUGCUCUGAACAGCACCUGGAUGUGCACUGCCUCCCCAAACCGCUGCACGUAGGCAUGAAUUGGGCAUGGCAUGGAGCCACACGUCGAGCCAAGCACCCAGCACACCUCACCAUGGGACGCGGACAGAGCGGGGUGCAUCCCACCCUGCCCCUUUUGCAGCUCCCUCCGCCGGGAGGGACAGCAUUUAUUUAUUGUGCCAAAGAUAACGCUUCGCUUCGGGCGCCGUUUGCACUCCCAGGAGCAUCCCCACCCCGUGCAGAGCCUGGCGGGAGGCUGCACAGACCUCUCCCGCUGCUCCUGCAGAUGUCUGGGUGCCCUGAAAAAAAUUACCAGCUGCGCUCCCCUGGUUGGUGCUGUCCUGGGCAUUAUGGCUUUCUUGCAGUAGUUUUUGCAGUGGUUCACUGCUGUAGGGCAGAGGGGGUUGGUGCCUUGGUGUCGAGGCGGUCGGAGCCUCGGUGCCACAGAGGGGACAAGGUUUUGGCACAGGGGUGCUGCCCCCAUGCCCCUCGUACCCCACCAGCUCCUGCUCCCUCCUGCGCUGCCACCAGCAAUGCGAUGUGUAAAGUUUUGUACAUACCAGAUUCAGAGCUUUUUAACUUUUAAUAUUUAUUAAUUUCAUUGGGUUCGCCUCUUUUUUUUUUUUUUGGAACUCUAACAUAAUGUUAAAAAAGAAAAAGAAAAGAAAAAUGCACACCA